AUGGGCGGGCAGUGCUGCUGCUUAUCCUCGGAGGAGAAAGCGAACAGGAUGCUGAGCUUGGAGAUUGAGCGCCGGCUGCGCCAGGACAAGCGAGACUCGCGCAAGGAGCUCAAGCUGCUGCUGCUGGGUGAGUUUCGGGGCGAGGAAAGCCUCCCGCGCUCUCCAGCCAGGAUGCUCACCGAGAGCUCUCCGCUUGUAGGAUAUUCCGGCUUUGCUUUUCCAUAACUUGAGCCGGCGAGAACAGCUCGGCCCAACCCGUCUUGCAACAGGUGAAACGAUGCUCGAGGCUCUGGGUGUGUGCAGACGGCAUUUUCAAUACAGUUAGCACAUUUGCAGUGUUUUUUAAAAUCACUUUAGUGAUUUGAAAAAAAUCUGGACUGCAAUUCAUAAACCUACUUAUUAUUCAUUUAAGAUGUUACCUUUAAUGUGCAUGCAUGGUGUUUUGCAUUCUUGCUUGGGUACUUUGUAAAUUAGAUUAUCUUUGCUCUAAGCUGAGACAGAGACUGAAGUUCCUUCCAGGGGAUCUCCCUCAUUUUUUUGCAGGGAGGUGAGAUGACAUUGGCUGUUCAUUGAGCUUAAUUUGUUAACUGGCUGAUUUGUUUGUGGCGAGGUUUGGCAUUGUUGCAUCAAGCAUCAUCCCACACUUUCCAGUGUGUUUUCCCAUCACUUUCUGCAUUGCAAAAACAUUCUAUCUCUUUUGGAAGCAGGUUAGCUCUGCAGGACCUCCAAAUCAACUUUAAUUGCACAGCCUGAAUUUGCUGAUAUAUGAUUGAAGCUCAGCUGAAAACAACGACUGUCUGGAAGUGAACUUAGUAUACUAAGAGGAAGAUACUUGUACAAGGCCACUUAGAACUGUUUCUAGCAUUACAUCUCCUACCUGUUUUGUUUUUAAUGCAGAUACAGAGAGCGGAAUGCAGGAAGCUGCCUCACUAAUUGUCUGGGGACAAGCAACAGUCCAUCCCCUGGACUCUGUCUGGAAUGGCUAAGUAAUUCCAUAAUCUUCAGGGUGGGCCUUGAAGGCCAAUUAACUCAGGUUUGAAAGUGAGCUUUAAAAAGUGGGUUAAAGGAAUAGGGGCAGAGUUUGUGUGCGCUAGUUGUGUAGCUGUAUGAUUUAUUCACCACUCUGUUGCCAUUAGAUUUCCAGUAUAGUUGGACAGGCACUUUCCAGUGGUGCCACUAAGGCUGAGUUCUUAUAUUGCCUCUGUGGUGUGGGAGCUGCAGGCCUUCUGACGCGGUGAAUAGAUGUUAUGUGGACUCAAUGGAGUUUCAAAUCCCCAUUGCGGUGACCUUGGACUAGUUACUAUCUUUCAGCCUAAUCUACCUCACAGGAUUGUUAUGCAAAGAACACUGGGAAUAAUUAAUGGUUAGCCUAAAGAAGGCUAAGGUUAAAUCCAGUAUUAGUUCUACUACUACAUCCAUUCAAACGAAUAAACAUGGAUACCUUAGGUCCAUUAAUUUCAGUUACUCAGAGGAGAACUAAGUUGAAUGCAUCCCCAAGGGUAGACUUGAUAGUAGUCUUCAAAUAUCUGAAGACUAUUUCAUACAGAAGGUGGAGCAGACAUUUUUUCGUUUUCUCAAGAUGGCUGGACUAGAACCAGUGAGUGCUGGUUACAGGAAAGCAGAUUUCGACUAGAUGUAAGGAGAACCUUCCAAAGUCUGUUUGAACGGACUGCCUAGGGAGGUUGAGAUCUCCUUCACUGGAGGCAUUUAAGCAGAGUAUGGACAGCUGUCUGCCAGGGAAACUGUAAUUGCAGCUUGUAUUGUGGAUCCUGCACUGAACAGCAGGUUGGGCUAGAUAAUGAUGAUAAUUUUAUUAUUUGUACCCCUGUACUGGGUUGCCCCAACCAGUCUGGGACAUUAAAAACUCCCCUAUACAGGGUUGUAUAGCCCUGUCUAGCCACCAAGAUCCCUUCCAGCUCUUUAAUUUUAUAAUAAUUAUUAUUUUAACAAUCAGCAUUGACCUUGCAGGUCCUAUACUCCACCAUGCAAGCUUAAUGGGAAAACCCAGGAACAAGCAUGAAGAGCAGUGAAGUGGGGUGGAAGGUUUCUACACAGAAAAAAAUGGAACUUUAGUUAAUCAAUCAGAAGUGCUGUAAUAUAUGACUUCCUUUGGACAAUAACACUAUAGGGGGCUAGCGCCAGAGUACUAGACGCUGGUGGCAAGAGCUGAAGAAAAGAGGAGGUGCCAUUUGCUACUGAGGUAAAGCUUUGAUGAUGAUGACUGGUACAGAGAGACAUAGGGAGGUAUUCAACAUCAUUCUAAAUUGUCAGUGCCAGCAUUUCUGCUUGGCAAAUGGACUGAUUCCCUUCUCUCCCCCCCCCCCACUGUUGUAGGUGUUGUCCCAUCCCUCCAGAGUGGAUUUGGAGGAGAUGGGAAAGCCCUGUUGCACCAGGGGGAGCCCUUGUGCUGGCUUCUGCUAACCCACACAGGAGUGUGGGAGCUUAUGAGAUCUCAGCCUCCAAAAUGAAGUUGAGGAAUAAACAAUGAAGUUUCUGGGUGUUCAUAAUGAUUGUGUCUAAAUUAGGGAUCGCUAAAUAAGGGAUUGUUGAUGCUCAUGCAGCUGUUGCCUCUGCUCUUAUACCUUGACCAAGUCAAGGCAGUGGUCACCUUUGCUCCUGACCUCUCAAUUACAAUUUAUCUGGAACCUCAGUAGGUGCAACUGAGGCCAGUGACAUUCCUCCAUUCCUCCUCUGCUCAGCUCGUCCCUUCUAUCCCAUAAUUCUCAGGAAAUCCCAAAGGAACAGCAGUCCUCUUCUUUCAGUUAGUUGACUGAAUAAACAAAUUUCAAGGUCCCGCCAUUUUCUUCCUCAGUCUAGAAAGGUAAAUACUUUUUUCUCCAAAUGUGACCACUGACAGUCAGGCAGCACCUGCCCUUUAGCAGCAGCACUAGAGACCCUGCUCCGCCUCUGCUCACAGGUACCGAACUCCUCUCCCCUCCAAGGUAGCAUUUUUCUUUAAGCCAAUAUCCUUCCUCUUAAUAAUAAAUUGUAUCUCAACAUCUCUUUAAGUUCAUGUCCUCAGAGCCUUUUUUGUGGGAGGGGAUAAGCUCUAAUUUCCCAAUGACAUCCAUCAAAACAAAAAGGCUCCCCCCCUUCAUUCCUUUCAGUCCACAUGCAGCCUCAAAUCUUCUUUUAAAUAUCAAAGUUACAUUGUGAAUCAAACAAUCCUCACUUGUAUAUCUUUAAACUUUAUACUGUAUUGGGAGAGGGCUGCCAAAUUCCAUAAUAUAGCAGAGAGCCCCUACCAUCCACUGCCAACACAAGUAAAAUUUUCUCCUGAUUUCAAACCUCAGUGCCACACAGCUGGAUAAUCCACAGUUGUCCACAUAACGUCCAUAUCUCCUCUGGUGCAUGCCUUUACUUAAUGGCAAUUGACUCCCAAUUAUUAGGAGAACCUCCACUCUUGAUGGUGAUGGGGGGCGGGGUUUGCAUCAGGGUAAAGUACUUAGCUCCCAGUGCCUCUCUCUGCCUCUGGCCAGCCUGCUCCUCCCAUACCCUGGGAGGUUUCAGAAAACAAUUUAGCCCCAUUCAUUCUCUUCUCCUUCAUCUGUGCCUCCCUCCAGUGUUGAGAGAGCCAUUGCGCAGGACCACAUCUGGAAGCCUGUAUGGACCAGCCUUGACUCGUCACACAAACGUGUGGAGCUCGGCAAGCUUACAGAAGCUACAAUCUUAAAUGAUUCUUUUGGGAAGAUACUUGAUGAUUUUGCAGACACAGAACUUACUGUGCCGUAUAUUUUUUCCUGUAAGUUUACUGGGAACUAUAGAGUGAAGUUUGAUUCACUUAAGCUUAAUAAGAGAGCUCUUUUUGUUGUUGCCCCAAAUGAAAGUGAAUUUCAUUAGCCAAUUUUCAUAUGCUUUGGAAAAAGGUGGUUGAGAUAGAAAUUAAAUUUCCAAAUGCAUGUGGCUUGAGCCAAGUUCAGUUAAUUAAGGAUAACUCUGUGGACAUACAUGGAAACAACAUUGUCAAAGAAAAGAUCAUUGUUAACAGCAGAAUCCUUUGCCCACUUACUUGGCAGUGACUUCCAUGCAUAGAGUCAGGAUGGCUGGCUGCAAUACUGAAAAUGCUUACUGGGAAACAGGGCUGUGCAAAGCUGGUAGACCCAGGCCAGAUAGGAAAUGUAGGCCUCAUUUAAAUAAUCUUUCCCAAAGGGUUUCCUUUUGCCUUUAGCAGGGGGAUUUGAAUAAGUCCCCUCAAAUUUGUAGGCCCAUGCCAAUUGGCUCUCUCUGGUCCCCACUCCAGUCUCACCUGCUGGGAAACAUAUGCCAUUGAAUGCACUGAAAUUUGUUUCAAAGACUAUGUUUGUUUGUUUCCGGCAUUUAUAUGCCACUUAAUCAUUAGCAUUUCUAAGUGGCUUAAGUUUGGGCCUUACCUUUGCACACAGCAGCAGCAGCUUUGUAACAGUCAGGUACUGAAGGGUGACCUUAGAGUCAGUGUUGAAUGGAGUAUACAUGUAAAGAUGCUUUGUCAAGGGGCAGAGGAAGGGGGGUGCAGUGGAGGCAGGGCACCCCAGGUGUCACCACUGAGGGGGGUGACAAAAUGCCAGGCAGCACUCACUGCACCUGAGCCACACGUCUCUCCUGGGAGUGAUGCAGUGGCUUGGGUGCCCACAAGCUCCGCGCUGCCCCAAGCGGUCUGCCCGCUGCCUCCCCCUCAGCUGUUGGGCCGCCGAGUGGGAGGAGGCAGGCAGACACCUCGGAGGCCCCGCAGAGCGUCCUGCCCCGGCUGGUCCUGCCCCUGGGCGCAGGGCAUGCACGCCGCCCCAGGAGCCCAAUCAGCUUGCUCCACCGCUGUUUGUCAGUGGGACUCACUAACUUUUUAAUAACGCAUUGCUUUGUCCUUUUCAUUUCUCUCUCAAUUUAAGACUCUUCAUGUAGUCAUUUCCUAGUUCUUUAAUGUGGUUGCACAAUGUAUACAAUCAGCAGAAAUGACAGAACAGUGGGUUUUGGCAAGGCGGUAAUAAAACAUUACUAGAAGUUUUAGAUGUUUCUUAAGCAAUUGGUUUUAAAUAAUUGUUUAGGAUUCAAAGCCAUAGUACCCACAGCUCAACGUAUGCAAAAAUGUCCUAGUGAAGUUAGUUGAGGAUGUGGACUUUGAUUGCUAUAAAUGGGUUGUGCUCUUCUAAUAUGUGUCUGAGCUCUCAAUUUAUUUUGCUAGGCAGAUUAAGAGGACUGGUAGGCCACAUUCAGCUAAGGACCAGAGAUUUCCCACUCCUGUCUGGUAGUGGCUCUCCACAUUUUGGAGAGGAGUUUUUCCUACCUUAACAGGAGAUGCCAGGGGUUGAAUCUGGGACCUUCUACAUGCAAAGCAUGUGCUCUGCUGCUGAGCUACACCACUUGCCAAUUGAAUCAUAGAAUUGUAGAGUUGGAAGGGACCCUGAGGUUCAUCCAGCCCAAGCCCCUGCAAGGCAGGCAUAUGCAGUUGCCCCAUGCAGGGAUCGAACCUGCAACCUUGGUGUUAUCAGCACCAUGCUCUAACCAACUGAGCUAUUGGUGGAGGCUAAAAAGUUGAACUAUCACUCACCCGGCCUGCCCAAAAAGGAUGAGACAACUGCCCCUGCCCCAAUAUGUGUCCUUAGCAUCUGAUACUCAUUUUCUAUCCCUGAACAUGAACUUGCUUGGACAGUGCAAUAUCCAAGGAGGGUAUUCAUGGAAGAUAAGAGCAGCUUCUGUUAGUAUUAUAUAAAAAGGUGCCUGGCAUAUACUAAAACAUAGUACUACUACUACUUUUAAAGAAUGAAAACUAGUAAAUGCAAGAGGACAAACAAAUAGCCAAGAAUAGCUACUGUCUUCCAAACAAGGAAUGGUGUAUUCUGUAUGUAAACAAAAAAGCACGGCCCAUAUCCACAUCCUUUGGAAAACAGACUGCAGGUUACUAACCAUCUGCUAUACUAGUUUAAUGCAAAUGAAGUAGAUGGUUUUUGGUGAAUAUUAAUUUUAAAGAAAUAAAAUAGUUUAACACUGGAGCCCUUUUCCAGCAGGGCGACUUGAGUUCUUCCCAUCAAUUUACUUCAUUCAUUUCAAAGCAGACUGGGGCCCACAUAGCAAGAAGAGUCCUGCUAGGUCAGGCCAAUGGUCCUUCAAGUCCAACAUCCUGCUUUUACAGGGGCCAGCCGGGUGCUGGUGGGAAGCCCACAAACAGGACCCAAGGGCAACAAACAUUCUCUCAUCCUGCAGUUUCCAGAAACUUCUGUUCUUAUGACACUGUAGACCAGGAGUGGGGAACCCCUGGUCCCAGUGGUGGAGGAACCCUCUCUGGCACCCGGGGUGGGACGAACCGCCCGGUGACACAUGCACGACAUACCUAUAGAGUGCACAUGUAUGGCAUCCCAUACAGAGUGCCCACGUACGGCGACCAUAUGGGCUGCCACACACGCGCACUCUGUACGGGCUGCCACUCACGCAUGGCGUCCAUAUGGUCGCUGUGCGAGCGGUGCCCAUACUGACUGUGCGCACCCUCAGCCGCUCUACAGCUGGGGGGCAGCAGGGACCAUCUUGUCACCCCCCCCCCAGAGUGGCACCCGGGGUGGCCAGCCCCCUCUGCCCCCCACUUCGUACGCCCCUGCCUGGUCCUGAAAUGAAGGUGGUCCACCAGGCCUUUCCAUAUGCCCUGCAAGACUCUUCUCUCCCCACUUCCGUGACUGGCCAGUGAAGCAGGGCAUUGGGACAUUGGGCUUGGCAAAACAAAGCAUACACUUGCUUCUUCCCCUGCCCCAUACUGGUCACAGAAGAAUUGACUGUUUUCACUCAGCUGGUAUGGAAGUAGAUGAGGCUGGCAAAACUGUGCACUGUCCCUGCUCCAUGAGCCUGACUAAUUUCAAUUCAAGCACCUUCUGAGUCAGCUCCAUCUUUGUUGGGGUAAAUGAUGAUAGUGGGCACAGCUGGAGUUGCCUUAAGUGGCCUUCUCUCAGACCUGUACAUAAGAAAAGGAAGAGAAGAGACACUCUUUUUUUACCAGGUAAGUAGUACGGAAGAGAAAGUGAAUCGGGAGUGCUUAUCUUUCUCUCUUUUUAUUACUAGCACUGAAUGUAUUUUUGUGUUUAUUGAGUUGGGUGGGACAGGCCAGCUGCAGAGCAAUACUGAAAGGAUGGAAGGAGAAGUUGAACUACCUGGUGUGUGGCAGAGAGAGAGGUGAAAUACCUCUUGAAUUGAGCUGCAGGGAGUGGUAGCCUAAAUACUUGUUUUGGGGGUGUAAGUUUGUGAGUGGGGUGUGUAUAUGGUUUUGGCCCUACCUACAUUUGAGUGGCGCUGUGGGUUAAACCACAGAGCCUAGGACUUGCCGAUCAGAAGGUCGGCGGUUCGAAUCCCCGCGACGGGGUGAGCUCCCAUUGCUCGGUCCCUGCUCCUGCCAACCUAGCAGUUCGAAAGCACGUCAAAAUGCAAGUAGAUAAAUAGGUACCGCUGUGGCGGGAAGGUAAAUGGCGUUUCCGUGCUCUGCUCUGGUUCGCCAGAAGAGGCUUAGUCAUGCUGGCCACAUGACCCAGAAGCUGUACACUGGCUCCCUCGGCCAAUAAAGCGAGAUGAGCACCGCAACCCCAGAGUCGGCCACGACUGGACCUAAUGGUCAGGGGUCCCUUUACCUUUACAUUUGGCUUUACCCCUGCCAAGCAUUGGUGUGCAGCUCAUAGGUGUUGAUGUAUGAGGAAUGCUGCCCCAGGCUCAAAAGGAAUUCUGACUCCUGGUACAGACAGUAGUGAGCUAGACGGACCAGUGGUCUGACCUGGUACAACACAAUUCCCCAUGUACCCAAGUUGGGAUUUCAAAUGAAUGCUUAGAGCCAGUAUGACAGACGUCUAGAUAGAAAUGCAAAAGGCUGAUAUCAGCCAAUGGAGGUCAACACUUCUGGUAUCUGAUGAAGUCAAAGAAUGCAAAAGCUCUAAAAAGUUCUGAUGAGACUUCCUAAAUCAUGUAAGUGAAGCUGACUUGAUAAGAGUCAAGUUUAAUCUCUUUCUGGGAGCAGCUGCAUCUUCCUGACUGAAUCUUUUGGAAUCUUAUUUCUAUUUCUCAAUACAAUUAUUUUGAAAAUCAAUGAAAGCAAGAGCAUUUAUUUGUCAUACAAUCCAUUAUCAUUGUGUUUGCUUAAAAGUCUUUUAUGACUAAUACCAUCAAGGUAAUUUUCAAAUCUUGAAAAUUGUUGAUAGUGAUCUGAAGUGGUACAGCUAAAAUACUCAGAAGUAUAACUACAAUCUCUGCUAAGACCAACUGAUCUAGAAAUCUUUAUUUAUUUAUUUAGUUUUUGCUGUGGCAGGGUUUGAAUGUGCCAGGCAUAAAAUGAAAACAUCUAAUAGUUAUUUUUCACUUUGUGGCUUCUAUGACUAUUCUGUGAAAGCGUUGAGACAAUAGUUUCAUAUUUUGUGAUAUGUGGUUGAGAACAUCUUCCUUGUUACUUUAAAGGGAGAAUGAUAGAUUUAUAUUGUUAUCACCCAGGUUGCAUUCUCUAAUCUUGAUUUCCAUAGGAACCAGGCAUGGAACAUGAAAGACUUUGUAAGAAGGUAGUAAACUCUCUGGUUGCAAUCAUUUAAUUAAGUAAACUAAAGUUCUCUUAUAUCCUGUGUCUGCAAAGUGUUGAUUGCCAAUAGUGAUUUAGGAAGUCUAUGCUAAAUAGUACAUCCGUAAGGACAUAAGUUUGCCUUUCAAAUAUCAUGCUGUUGUAUACCUGUCCUUGGUGACAGAGGGGAAGAAUGGAAUUUCCAUUAACAAAAAUGGCUAUCCUGUUAGCUCUUUUGUUUUGCAUAAAUCUUGUUUAAAAGUCAAAUGGUCAGUCCAUAACAGAUUUAAGGGACUGAGAAAACAUCAAAAAUGUCAAUGUGAGCAAUUCAUUUCAUUUAUGCUAGCUUCAAUUGGGUGGGCAAGCAAAAGGCUGCAAAACAUAAUUUUAGGUGCUGCUGCUGAAUAUCAGUACAGUAUAACUUUAAAAAACUACAUGAGCAAAACUAGAUGGAGGCAUGCUGACUUUGACUCAGCCUCUUCACGGCUCAGCCAUACAUUCCAAUAAUUAUUUUGCUUAACAACAGCAACAAACGCUUAAAAGUAAUGACACUUGGGGGGGGGGCAAACAUCUGGUAUGGGUUUGGGUGCAUAUAUACAAUAAAAAUUUGAAGAUGUUUGUUCAUGUGUGAGACAUUCUUAGGGCAGAACUAAAAGGAAGGGCCCUAGAGCAGUGGUAGAAGAUGUGCUUUGCCAGUGAAAGAUCCCGGGUUCAGUCCUUGGCAUCCUUUGGGGGGGCUUGGAUUGCAGGAGAAUUAUACAGUGUAUUUCUUUGCCAUUAGCCUAUAUAAUGUGCUAGUGGUGGUAAGAAUGACUAAACAUGCAUAAGUAUGUGCCUUAGUACAUAUUAUAUUUUUUAUAGUUAGAGCCACAACAGGAUAUAUAUUUUAAAAUACAGUAUGAUCACGUUUUACAUGUAUUUGACUUACACAAUUUCAACCAUAUGCAGUUGAAAUUCUGCACAUUAAAUGCAGCAAGGAACAAGGAGCAAAAAGCUUAAAAGUUUUUUUUAGCUCCAGGUCUGCUUGGGUGAAAAAACCCAUUUAAGAUCUCUGCCUUACUUGGCAGGGGUAAAGGUAAAGGUAAAGGGACCCCUGACCAUUAGGUCCAGUCAUGACCGACUCUGGGGUUGCGGCGCUCAUCUCGCAUUAUUGGCCAAGGGAGCCGGCGUACAGCUUCCGGGUCAUGUGGCCAGCAUGACUAAGCCACUUCUGGUGAACCAGAGCAGCGCACGGAAACACCGUUUACCUUCCCGCCGGAGCGGUACCUAUUUAUCUACUUGCACUUUGACGUACUUUCGAACUGCUAGGUGGGCAGGAGCUGGGACCGAGCAACGGGAGCUCACCCCGUCACAGGGAUUCGAACUGCCAACCUUUCGAUCGGCAAGCCCUAGGCUCAGUGGUUUAGACCACAGCGCCACCCGCGUCCCCUUGGCAGGGGUGGGCAGCACCAAAGGGGUAGUUUGAGUAUAUGCAUUUUUUUAGUAUACGUGGAUUCCUUGGAACCAAACCCCAGUGUAAGAUGCACUUAUUCUCUAAUCCUAUACACGGGUAAGGAUGUGAAUGCCAUCAACAAGACUGCAGUUCACAAGGAGCUAUAGGAGAAAAGCUUCCACUGGAUUGCAGUUGGAGAGUAAACAGAGGUGUUUCAAAACCAAGCUCACGGCUCUAACUAUGCCUCAUUUUUCUUUAGGCAAAUAAUGUCCCCUGGAUGAACAUGAUACACAUGUAAAUUCUGUACACCUAGCUCUGUUUAGUCAGCCCAGGAGAUGAAUAAAAUAUUAUCUUACCUGUAUGAAAACACUAUGAAAAUGGUUUUGAAAGAACUAAUAGGAUACAUACUAGUGUCGAAAUAGCAAGUAUAUGGGAAACCAAAUGAAGGAGUAUGGGUCACCAUCAUAUAAUCACAUCAUAAGAUUUUAUAGAAUCAUAGAAUUGUAGGGUUGGAAGGGAUCCCAAGGGUCAUCUAGUCCAACCCCCUGCAAUGCAAGAAUCUCAACAUGCUGUCCCCCACCCAAUUUAAAACUAUACUGGACCCUGCUUAGCUUUGCAAAUGUGCUAGCAGUUUUACUGCUGCACUUUACUUCCGUGAGUUAUGCCUUUCCCCUUUUGCUCCUGCUCAGGGUUUUCUGACUUCCCCCACCAAAUUCUCAUGGGAUUGGUACUUUACUCAACUAUACCUGUUAAUUGAUUGGAUUAGUCAUGCUGGCCACAUGACCCAGAAGCUGUACACCGGCUCCCUCGGCCAAUAAAGCGAGAUGAGCGCCGCAACCCCAGAGUCAGUCACGACUGGACCUAAUGGUCAGGGGUCCUUAAACAUUGGAUCUACUGGGUGGCGCUGUGGUCUAAACCACAGAGCCUAGGACUUGCCGAUCAGGGGUCCCUUUACCUUUACGUUACAAUGCCCCAAAAGUAGAGCUGCUCUAUCAACAGCUACCCUCAUGCCAUCUCCUGCAACAUUGUGGUAGAUGUUUUAUGCAUCCUUAAGAUGCUGGUUCUGGAAAGUGGCGUGGAAAGUAGAGUCUGCUGAACUGCUUAAGUUCAGAACUAAUAUAUUUGUUAAUUAAAUAUAUAUCCUGUCUUUCCCUCUAAAGGAGUCCAGGGUUGUAAAAAGCAAAUGAUAAAGCAAUAAAAACAUGCUUGAAAUGCCUUAAGAACAAUUCAAAUACAGAUGCAUUCUGGGGGAAAUCUCUUCUUAAAAGGCUUGUUGGAAUAUGGAGACCUUCAGCAGGCAUCAAAAAGAUAGCAGAGACGGUGCCUGUCUAAUACAGUGGUACCUCGGGUUACAGACGCUUCAGGUUACAGAUGCUUCAGGUUACAGACUCCGCUAACCCAGAUAUAUUAUCUCGGGUUAAGAACUUUGCUUCAGGAUGAGAACAGAAAUCGCACUCCGGUGGUGCAGCGGCAGUGGGAGGCCCCAUUAGCUAAAGUGGUGCUUCAGGUUAAGAACAGUUUCAGGUUCCGGAACGAAUUAAGUUCUUAACCCGAGGUACCAUUGUAUUUAAUGGGGAGGAUUCCAAAGGUUGGGUGCCACAACGCUGAAUACCUGUUUCAUAUAUUGUACAAAACAGACCUCCUGAUAAGAUGGUAACUACAGGAGGCCCUCACCUGCAGAGCACAGUGUAUAUGGGUGAGAUGAUAUUUUAGGUAUUCUGGUCCCAAGUAGGAUAAGAUUUAUGCAUGAAAACCAGGACCUUGAACUUAGCUUGGUAGCUAAUUGGCAGCCAGUGCAAUUAUUGUGAUUUUGGCUUAAGUGAGCCCAAUUUAUACAUGGGUAGAAUGAUUUUUUAAAAGCACUCCCUAUUCAAGUGUUUCAGUGUUUUCCAUGCAGAAUUUUGGGUGGUAUAUUGUUCUCAAACAAGGGGCUUUAUAUGAUGAUCUGGAUUAACUCACAUACUCUUUGAAAGAAGGAGUGUUUUGAUAGCCUCUCAUAAUGGUUUCAGCUCAUCAAGGUCACCUGAUACUUUUUCUUUCAAAAGUUAGCUAUUGCAAGAGAGUAAAUAUUAUCGCCAUACCUGUAACAACUUUUCUCACUAUAGCCAUUUUGUUUUUGUAAGCAGAAAAAUAAAUGUAACCAAUGCUUUUUCUGAGAUAUAAAAAAAACUAUUCAGGGAUGAAGAGAGAGCUAUAACAUGUUUCCUUGGUAACAAAAAACGCAGUUGGUUUUUCAGCUUCACUAAGGAUGAAUAUAGCAGUUGAUACAAUAUCUCUCUCUCUCUCUCUCUCUCUCUCUCUCUCUCUGUGUGUAUUUUUGAAUACCUAUAUUUCACGUAAUUUCGUUUAUCUGUUUGUGACUAAUAUUUUUACAUGAGGGUUUUUCUUUUCAGGGGCGUGGAAGGAAGCCAGUAAAUGUUGGUUUCAAAUAUUAUGACCUUUAUUAGUUUUUUUUAGUGGUUGUGCAUGUGAACUACCUUGAUGACUUUUGUAGCUGAGAAGUGUGGUACAGAUGCAAUAAACAGUGUGAACAACUGCGAAUUGUCAUAUGCUUUCCAGACAAGGGCCCAGUCAUUCCAACAUUUCAGGUUCUUCAGAAGCACAGCUGCUAUCUCUGUUGUGUAGUUAAAUCUGCCCAAACAUAUUCACUAAGCAGUGAUCAACACAUGGUGUGUCAAGUUAAUGCUGCAGAAUAUACCCAAAUGGGUAUGCACUAAUGCGGUUAUGCUAACACCAUUGUGACAUUCCAGCAACUGUGGAAUAACGGUGCAUGGUUUUAUGUUCUAGGCUAGGUAAUCUCUCAAUUCCCGCAGAACAUGUACAGUCAAAAACAUAGGUCCUGUGGUUUGUUUUUAAAACCCUUUCUUUCUUUGAUGGAGGGGAGAAAUCCAUCUGUACAGCUUCCAUGUAGCAGUUGGAGAGCCAGUGUGGUGUAGUGGUUAAGAGCGGUAGUCUCGUAAUCUGGUGAACCGGGUUCGCUUCCCCGCUCCUCCACAUGCAGCUGCUGGGUGACCUUGGGCCAGUCACACUUCUCUGAAGUAUCUCAGCCCCACUCACCUCACAGAGUGUUUGUUGUGGGGGAGGAAGGGAAAGGAGAUUGUUAGCCGCUUUGAGACUCCUGAAGGGGAGUGAAAGGCGGGAUAUCAAAUCCAAACUCUUCUUCUUCUCUUCUUCAGUGAAGCCCUGCAGAUGUGAACACUGGCAGACUGUGGAGAACCCUACUUCCCUGUUCCUAAGUGGCUCUCUGAAAGGAGUUCUCACAGAAUAAUGUGUGCACUUUUUUCACAUAGACUGCUCAGGCAGGAAGCUGUGAACUCUUAUCAGGCUCACUUAGAAAUUAAUAGUAAUAAAAAGCUAAGAAAGGUAAAGGAUGCUGGGAAUUGUAGCUCCAUAAGGGACAAGCCACAGUUCCUGGAACACUUUACAGAAAGUAAUGUGCUGUAAAUGCAGGAGUUCCCUCCUCCAGCCGGGACUCGGGAGCAGCGGCGGUUUCACAUCGCUGGUGAAACCACCAUCCCACUCUGCCGUUGUACAACGGAGAGGGAGAAACAAGCUGUGUCGUUGAGGUGCUGAUACAGCUUGUUCCUCCCUCUUCAUCUUUAAACUGCUCGGCUGAGGAGUGUGCAGCUGCCUUUGCCUCAGCCGAGCAGUUAAAGGAGCCCCUAGCCCAGCACUGGCUCCCACAAGCUGGCGGCAGGGUGGGGGCUCUGUGAAACUGCUCAGCUGAGGGGUGUGUGGUUGCUGCUCUCUGCAGUGAGCAGUUAAAGGAGCCCUGAUGCUCCGCCCACUUAUGUGUGAGUAGUGAGAGCACCGGGGCUGUCUCAACUGGGGGGGAACCUCCCCUCCCCCCAACUGAGCGGUGCAAACUAGCUGCAUUGUCGCAGCCUGCGAGCCUGGCUGAAACCGCCUCAGCUCUCAAGUGAGAGCUGGGGUAGUUUCACCCGGUGUCUUGUGGGCAGAGGCCGAUGCAUCUUGUUUUUUCAACAUCACGGUAUAUCGCCAAACAGUGAUGUUUGGCUGGCGAUACACCAUGAUGUGAAAAGCUGAUAUCGCCCAGCCCUUCUGUUCAUUAAAAGGCAGUAAAACAGUACUGCAUCAAAAUGUGCAGUGAAAGUAAACCUUGCUUCAUUGUAGAUGAUGAACCCCAAUCAAUGGAAAAGCAAAGGGCCUUUAUUGUUGCUUUUGGAGAUAAUCUUGCCUGCUUGGUGUUAGAGGAAAAUGGUGGGGCUUCAAAGCCUGCAUGGAGCCACCACUAUUAGGAUUUACAUUGCAUAUGCCAGUGGUAUUCAGCCAGUGUGCUUUGGUGCCCUGGGGUGCCUUGAAUGAUGGUCAGGGGUGUCGUGAGCAGCACUGGGCUCUCCCUCUUCCCUCCUCCUCUGAUGCCCUUUCACAUCUCUGCCUCCCAAAGGCUUGCACGGCUAUUUGUUGCAGCGGCCCUGGCUACAAGCUCUGCAGGCGAAUGAUGUCUCUGGGGCUGGCCACGGGGUGCUGGUUGCCAGGAGCUAAGGCAGCCUCGGAGUAAGCAAGCAAGUGGGUGAGAGAGCCCAGCCAGCCAGCCAGCAAACCAGCCCUUGCUGUGGGAAUGGAUGGACCUAUUGCAGUGAUGGCCAAAUUUGGCCCUCCAGCUGUUUUGGGACUACAACUCCCAUCAUCCCUAGCUAACAGGACCAGUGGUCAGGGAUGAUGGGAAUUGUAGUCCCAAAACAGUUGGAGGGCCACGUUUGGCCAUCACUGGCCUAGUGGGAGUCCGGGCAGGCAGGCGCCACACUAGCCUUUCUUGUGCCUGCUGUGUGCAGUGUCUGUGUGGGAGCUGAGUGCCCGGUGCCAAAAGGGAGCCUUUCCGCCAUGCAGGCCCAGCGGCGCCUGCUGUCUCCACUGCAGCCUCCCAAGGUGAGUAAGGUGCUGGCCUCACAUUCACCUUUGGCCAGUUUCCAUUGGGCUACUAAGGCUGGAGGCUCCUCAGUGUGGAGUGGGGAGGUUGGCUCACAAGGGGAGAGGAGCCUGAGGGAACACUCCACAAGGAAAAGGGAUGAGGGGCUGCUGGCUCUGCAGGCAAGGGGUGACAUAACUGGGCUUCUGAGGCUCGAAGGGCAUUUUCCCACCCCAGAAAGAAUGUAGUUGGUCAAGGAAGCCAUGGGCUCAAGAAGGCUGAAAACCUCUGGCAUAUGCAGAUUGCGAAUUCUGCUUGAGGUCAUGGUAUGGGGGAGCAAAGCCUUUCUUUCAGAUUGUGUGUUUUAUUAGAAAAGCAGAAUGAUUGAGGGAUAAUUUGCACUGGUGCCUAAAGGAACUGCAGUAGGAAACUGUUUUUGUAAGUAAUCACCUUUAGGGCAACCUGUAGUGAAAGUUCUGGGAAGGGCCAAAUGUGGUAAGCUGCCUUGGCUCAGUGCUAGAGCACAGCAGCUGCAUGCAAAAGGUUUCAGGUUGAAUCCCUAGUACUGUAUGUAGGGCUGGGAAAGACUUCUAUCUGAAACCCCAGAGAGGCACGACAAGUCAGUAUAGAUGGUUCUGGGCUAGAUGGACCAAUAGUAUCAGGCAGCGUUCUAUAUUCCUAUUAGAAUUGGCACACCCAGGAAAGUGCGAGUUCUCUGUACUUGGCAUAUUUGUUAAGAUAACUGCAGGUUGGUGCAAUGAUGAGACUGCCUCUAGCAAAGUUUUAUCACUUUGGUCAGAUCACAGUAACACACUUUCUUAAAACUAUUUACAUGAACACAGCAUAUAUAAAAGCUUUGUUCUUUUUCCACAUGAGUUCAAGUGCCAAAAUGAGCUCAGGGCUGUAAUCAGUUAUCACUGAAAUCUAGCUCUCUGUGAGGUGGUAAACUUGAAUUUGGGAUAUGUUUUGUUUUAGUUUGCAGGUGGUGGUUCACAUAAUUCUGUUCACUUGAAAGUGAGAUGCAGAGAAGGGUUGUAGCUUUGUCUUGUCCAUGGUAUUCUAUAGUUUUUAUAUAGAGCAAGAGAGGGGGCAAAAAUAAUGAGAUAUGUUACCUGCAGCCCAGUCUAAAAUGCUACUGCCAGACACAUUUUGCUACCUCAGCAAGCGCUGGCCUCCAGCUUCAAGGAGCCUCUCUGAUGCUUCUGCGCAAUGGAACAGUAAGUCCCAUUAGAAGCUGAAUUGGUCAAAUUUCUGGAUUAACAAGGAAAAACUUGCUAAGCAGUCUUAAGGGGAGAUGAGAAAGAGAAGAAUUAAAUUAUAUAUAUUUUAAAACACUUUGUAAGGUAAGCAUAUAACUAAGUAUAGUGAAUCUUUUAAAGUUUGUUCAACAACAGAUUUCUAGAUGACAUUUCACUUUAUUAUUGAAUUUUGAAACAGUUUAUAGACCACACAGAGAUGCAUGUUUCUGCAGAUAUAAAACAUAUAUCAUAGCUGCCAACCUUCCCUUUUUUGGCUGGAAAUUCCCUUAUUCCAGCGCCGUUUCCCACCGUUUCCCGCUGCUAUCCCGGAUUGUUAGAUAUCCUGUAGACUGUCCCCGGGACAGGUGAGGCUUCUGAUCCCUUAUUUUCAAAUCUGAGAGUUGACAGCUAUGGCAUAUAUGAAUCUUUUACUUUUCAGUAUUUCUUGGCUCCCUCGGCCGGUAAAGCGAGAUGGGCGCCGCAACCCCAGAGUAGUUCACGACUGGACUUAAUGGUCAGGGCCGGGAUCCUUUUUACCUUUUUACUUCUGCAUUGAGGUACUUUAUGACCUCUAGUGGUGGCAUGUGGGAAAUGCUAAAUGGUUUGAUUAAUAUGUCAGUAGUGAUACUGACAAGCGUCUUUUAUUUUUCCUUCAAAAAUUUAUGCAAUAACAUGACUGCCAGAGUGAGAGCAGGCAUUUCUGGCAUUUCCCCUUCUUUCUUUUAAAAAUAAAUGUUAUUAAUUUAGAUUUUCAAGAUAGCCUACAAAAGAGAACCAAAAAAAACAAAAAACAAAUAUAAAACAGAUUAAAAACAUCAGAAACAAAAGCAGUUAUUGUAGCAACAGUAAAAAUACAAAAAGCAGUACAUAUAAAAUCAGUUAAAUUAAUUAUUUAGAUGUAAGGGUGGAGCUGCAUGUUUAAACGAGGGGUGAUCUAGCAGAGACAUCAAUGGUGAAGGCCUAGGAGCCAGUCCUGAGUUCCAAUUUUGCCACGCCAUCAACGCUACUUUUUAAAAAUGGGUUGCCCACCUUUUCUUGUUCCAUGUGAGGCAUGAGCAUGAGCUGAUGGUCUUGUGUGGGCACUUUCUAUCUGUACCCAUUUCUGGUUCUUUGACAGACACACUUCCAAUUUAUUGGGGGCAGAUGAAACACUGGUGUCCUCUGGCUGCAUUACUCUUGAACAUCUAAUCUGUCACUUAUAAUUUUUUCUGCCCUCAACUGGUCGUCUACUUUCUUAGAAGACUCUUGUGGAAAGAACGAAGUCUACUGCUUGUAGAACCGUAGGCACUAUACUAAAAAAUGUCAUUAUUAUAAUAAUGAGAACUACAAUGAGAAUUAUAGGACUUUUGGGAGCUUUGUUGAUUGAAUAAAAGAUGCAUUGGUGCAUUAUGGUUCCAUGAAGUUGCCUUGUCCCAAGUGAGAUCAUUGGUCCACCCAGGUCAGCUCUGUCUGCACUGACUGGUGGUGGUGAUGCAGAAUCCCAGGCAAAUGUCUUUUCCAGCCAGAGAAUCAACCUGGGCUAGUCUUACUCCAGAGCAGGUGUUCUGCCAUUGAGCUAUGACUCUUCCCCCUUGCCUUAAGGCAAUGAAGUGGUAUAAUGGUUUUAUUCAUUUAUUGUACCUCUGAGUCACCCCAUAAUAGAGUUUUUUGGGGGGACAUGCAGUUCAAAGAAAUAAAAACAGUUAUAAAACAUAAUCAAACAAAUCAGUCAAGUAUAACAAUUCCAGAACAGUGCCAAAAUCAAUAAAAACCAUGGGGCAAAACACAUGAAUCAUAACCACAGUGACUGAGAUAAUUAAUAUAGGUACAGUCAUACCUCGGGAUAAAUACACUUCAGGAUAAGUAUUUUCAGAUUGCACUCCGUGGCGACUCAGAAGUAACGGAGCGCGUUACUUCCGGGUUUCGCCGCUCGCGCAUGCACAGACGGUCAAAAUGAUGUCACGCACAUGCACAGAAGCGGCGAAUUGCGACAUGCCCGCACGCGCAGACAAACAGUCACGUCUUACGUUCUAUUCAGGAUGCAAACGGGGCUCCGGAACGGAUCCCGUUCACAUUCCAAGGUACCACUGUACCACUGUUUAAAAAGUAUCAUAAAAAACUGGUAGGAUGCCUGGUGCUUAGAAGAUAAGCCUCUCUAGGGAGAGUGUUCCAUAGCUGCUGUGGGGCAGGGGGGCUGCUGAAAUGGCUUUCUACCUUGGUUCCAACCAGGGGUGGAGGAAGGGGGAUGCGAUGGGGGUGGGCUGCCCUGAGUGUCACCACUGGGGGGGAUGACAAAAUGCCGGGUGGCACUCACCACGGGGCCUGCAGUGCGCCCAAGCCACACGACUCUCCUGGGAGUCCUUGGGCGCCCGCAGGCUUUGCGCUGCCCAAACGGUCUGCCCACUGCCUCAACCUCAGCCUCAGCUGUAGGGCGGCUGAGUGGGAGAAGGCAGGCAGACUCAUCGGAGGCCCUGCGGAGCGUCCUGCCCCAGUUCGCUCCACCCCCACAGGCAGCUGACUCCUCCCCUGGGUGCAGGGCACACACACUGCCUCAGGCACCUGAUCAGCUUACUCCGCCACUGCGUCCACCCUCCACUUCGGAAUAAGGGGGCUCUUAGAGAGUGGGACCACCACUUCAUGUUGUUUUUCAGGGCAGGAAUGAUGACAUCAGCUGCUGGAACACCAAGGUAAUUGGCAAGCUUUCUAUGCAUUGGCAAGUAAAUGACAGAUUAGCAUAGAAUAAAUCAGAAAAUAAUAACAAAGCAAAGGUUGAAUACUACAUUCCUUUCUUUGAGGAGGUUCCUACUUUAUACUAGCUUUAAAUUGUGGUAAUUCUUUGGGAAGAAUAUUUGCAUUUCUAAAUAAGAGCUUAACAUUUCAGCUGGCUGAAGAUCUGUUAAGUUAAGUUAAGUUAAACUAGUGUCUUGCAAGUUGAAAUGAUGCAGUCAGAAGUAAGCACAGCUGGAUUCAGCGGAGCCUGAUCCCAGGAAGCAUUGCAUAUGAUUGCACUCAUGCCGAUCCAAGUAAAUUAGGCAUUAACACUGUGUACUACCACUCUUUGGUGUGUAUGGGCAUAAUAAUGUAUUAGUAAAGCUGCCGAAGAAUUGAUGCUUUUGAAUUAUGGCGCUGGAGGAAACUCUUGAGAGUCCCAUGAACUGCAAGAAGAUCAAACCUCUCCAUUCUUAGGGAAAUCAGCCCUGAGUGCCCACUGGAAGGACAGAUCCUGAAGCUGAGGGUCCAAUACUCUGGCCACCUCAUGAGAAGAGAAGACUCCCUGGAAAAGACCCUGAUGUUGGGAAAGAUGGAGGGCACAAAGAGAAAGGGGACGACAGAGGACGAGAUGGUUGGACAGUGUUCUCGAAGCUACCAACAUGAGUUUGACUAAACUGCGGGGGGCAGUGGAAGACAGGAGUGCCUGGCGUGCUCUGGUCCAGGGGGUCAUGAAAAAAGCUGCCUGAAGUUUGGUUUCUCAUUGGGGAGGGAUCCUCACUGAAUCUGCAGGGAUUUUCAUUUCCAUUUGCAGCACUCUAUGCCAUAUUCCAUACUGUUGGAGAGGGUCUGCUAAUCCUCUUGGACAGAUUUUUUUGGGGAGGGGGCUGCAGCAGGAGGGGGGUACUGGCAAAAACCACCUCCCUUUCUCUUAUGUCAGGAGACAUGUCUGUGAGGGGAGCAGCAGCACUCUUAGGAGCCUUCUCUGUAACUGGAGCUUUCUCUAAAUGGGCCUUUCCUAAGGAAUCUUCUUCCUCAAGAUGCACAGCAAGCAGGGCAUAGGAAUGUUUCGCCAGGCUUUUGGGUGUCAAUCAGGAAAUUUUAUUGGUAUUGUGUUUAAUCAAAGUUUAUGGUGACAUAUAUGCAUAUUAAUAUUUUAUUAUUUUGUUUAAUAUUGUCUAUAUGGGUGUUUUAUGAACUACUUUUAGUGCUCACUUAAUUUAUUUACAAAUAUCACGCUUACACAGACCAUUGUGUGCAUAACUUGAUUUUGAUACAUCAAGAGAAUUUGUUGAUUCUUCUCUUCUGCUGCUGUGAAGCUGGUGCUCUCUGUGCUUUGUUGUGUUUAAUUUGAAAGAUACGCUUUCUUCUUGUGCUUUCUUGCAGGUACAGGAGAAAGCGGAAAGAGUACAUUUAUUAAGCAGAUGAGGAUUAUUCACGGAUCAGGCUAUACGGAAGAAGACCGGAAAGGCUUCACAAAAUUGAUUUAUCAAAACAUAUUUUCCGCUAUGCAAACUAUGAUCAGAGCUAUGGAUACUUUACAAAUUCCAUACUCAUCUGAGCAUAAUAAGGUACUAAACUCUUUAUUGGUGUCAAUAACACAGAAAAUACAGCAGUUGAAAUUCCCAAAAUAACAGUUCAUUGAAUGUACUUCCCCACCUCUUAUGCUCUUAGUUUUAAACCUUGGCCAGAGAAUCUAGCAUAUGGCAUCUCUUCUCUCCCCAGUCUUUUCCAUAGUCUUUGUGCUCGCUAACACAAUGCAAAUAUACAUGUGACUUCAGGAAAGAAGUGUGUCUUUGGCAUAUGACAAAAAAGCAAUACAAUUAAGUUGCCACAUGUCCGGGUUUUCCUGGACAUGUUCUCUUUUGGGGGGUCAAUAUGGCAAUUUUUUACCUUUUUCAGGAAAUGUCCGGGAUUUUUAGGGGGCGGGUUGUUGAGGGGUGGAAUGUGGCACUUCCUGUGCCCUGGAAGCAGAAGCAUUGUGUGGAGUGGCUGCUUUGGCUGCAGGAGAGCGUGCAGAGCAGUCAUUGGAAGGAGGAAAGCGAUUGGAGGAGAGCCAUCAGGCAGGGUAGGCUUGGGGUGGCAGUGGCUGCCACGUGUAGAGCUCCUCCCAGCCCAGGCCACCAACGCAGGAAGCUGGGCACACAGGUGGGCGAGUGCCAGAGCCUAGAAGGGCAGGGCAGGCAGAAGGGUGUGUGUGCCACUCUUGGCUGCCCCGAGUGGUGCGGUCCGUAGCUGGUGCCCACCCCGCAUCCUCUGGGGUGUGGGCGGCUCUUCCAGCGGUGGCUGCCCAUUGACAUGUGGGGAGCUCCCAGGCUCAUGUGGGUGGCAAGCACCGCCCGGUGUUGACUCGGCUGGUGGCUGGAAGUGCUGAGCCAUCGCCACUGCCAGCCUGAGCCGGGGAAAGAGGCGCGCAGCGCUGGCAGCAAUACUGGUGGAGGCGACAGAGUGCAGAGGAGACUGAACAUGGCAGUGCCCACUAUUACUCUCUUUCUCUUCUCCCCCACCUCAACUCGCCUACAAAUAUGUCGUCUUUUUUGCAACCCUAUGCCACAUCCACCUCUUUGAAGAUGGAAUUCCACAGACUAGGGGUGGCCAGAGAGAAUGCCCUUUCCCAGGCCACCACUCCAAGCUUCCAAGGGUGAUAGAACUAUCAAGAGUCGCCUCUCUGCCAAUCUUACCACAUGAGAGAGUUUGAAAUCAUGAAACAAAUUGUCUGGCAUCUGUAAGGUGUCAUUGAAUGAUAGUGUGGGUUCUGUAUUGUGACUAAGAAGCUUGAACUAGCUUGUGAAGUUCAAGGAUGCUGAGAACAGAGUAACUCUUUUUUUGUUUUUUGUUUUGUUCUUAUGGCUCUCAUAAUUUCAUAUCUUUACUUGUAGCAUAUUUAGGGAUAUGUAAUUCAUUUAUUACAGUUUAGUGGGAUUUACUCCCAGGUAAGUGACUACACAAUUGCAACCUAAUCUGCAUUAGGUUGACAGUAAGAGUUGUUUGACAGUGGAACAACCCUCUGGGGUUUGUGGACUCUCCUUUUUUGGAGGUUUUUAAACAGAGGUUGGAUGGCCGUCUGUCAUAGAUGCUUUAGCUGAGAUUCCUGCAUUGCAGGGGGUUGGACUAGAUGAACUCUACAAUUCUAUGUUGUUGAAACAUACAAAUUUACCAGAAUACACCUGAUAAUACAAAGCACAGGGGAAAUGUUGAUCAAUCUGAACAAAUAAUAGAAAGUGAAUGAAAAUUGCUGUGGUGGCAGUAAUGCUCCCUGUGAGACACAUUCCAGAAUUCCACAACCCUUUCCAGAUGGUGGAUAAUUUCACAAUAAAUAUUAAAACAUCCAGAAAAACAUUUCAGUUAAAGUGGGCUCAAAUUGCAACAAAUGAAAUGACACCAGUUAUUUAUUCAACAGCGUAAUUGCAUGUCCCUCCCCACACAAUUCCAAAUUCUGCAUCUUUGCACUGAAACAUAAUAUUUGUGCCAAAAGCAAUGCCAAUACAUAUCUGUGAUUGUUACUUACAAAGUGGUAUGGUUGGAACGUAAAGUUAAGAUGGAUUCUCAAGUUAAGCUGAUUUAGAUAUAGGUAUGCAAAUCAGCAGACUAGGAUUUAAGGCAGAGGUGAGAAUUUUGGGGUGGGGAUGGGAAGGGCAGGGGCUCUUUCCCUCAGGGGUACAGUAGUGUGUCUGGGGCCAUGUGGCUAUUGUAGGCAGGACCAGGAACAUUCCUUUCCCAUUUAUCUCUUUCUGCCACAGCCAUUUCGCUUCUGAUCUUAAACUUGCUGUGAGAUGAGCAGGUUCUUUUUUCCACCAUCCCCCGCCUUCCCUCCAAUCCAUGCCAUGAGUGUCUCCCUUCCCUCCUGUUUUUGAGCAAAUGGUGGUUUGCAUUUGCCCUACAAAUCAGAAUUAUAUGCCAGAAUUUAUGAGGUUUUUCUUGAGACCUUUUUGCAUGCAAACGUGAAGUGCUACCUGUGUUUAUCCGCUAAGAGGCAUCACACCUUGUGCCUGUUGAAAAUGCAAUGUGGCUCUCAAGCAAAGGGUGAAUGCAAUUAAAUCACAUUAAAGGCCCAUCUAGGAAUAUGACUUGUGUCUUGUGUGCUUGGUUAUUGUUUUUAUAAAAAGAAGUCAGUGAGUGCUGUACGAUAGUCAGGCACUGGAACUAAGAAGUUGGUUAAGGAAAUAAAUAAUAAUUUGCCAUUGGGUGGUUUCACUUUGAAAACCACUCAAAUAUACCGGUAAUUGUCAAACUAGAACAAGUAAAGGGGCUUUGGAUAUUUUUAUUUUUAUAAAUCCCACCAUAAAUAGCUUCCAAACAUAUUGGUGUGGUUCACAAUGAAUUCAAUCAAUUGUAUGCAGGGCCGGAUUUAGCUUUGAUGAGGCCCUAAGCUACUGAAGGUAAUGGGGCCCUUUAUAUGUCCAGCUGCCAUUUGUCAACAACAAAUUGUUGCUGUUUUUUGUGUUGAAUAUAUGCUAUAUGGUAAUUUAUGGACCUAAUAGGUAUCUAAAGCCAUUUGCACAUACAAAAUAUGUAUUUUAUCAAAGUAAUUUUUGAACUUACCUUAUAUUUUGGAAAUGUACAUCCAGGUUUUUUCCCCUUUAAAUUUUUUGGGGGCUCCCAAGAGAGUGGGGCCCUAAGCUAUAGCUUAUUUAGCUGAUACGUGAAUCUGGCACUGAUUGUAUGGCUAAAUAAUAAAAGUGGAGUGACUUCUUCCAAUGUUCACUUGAUACAAACUAAAAACAAAUUAAACAACUGACUUUGGAAAAAGGGACUGCUAAGACUUCUUUGAUAAUGAAUAAAUACUAGGUGCAUCUGGUUUUAGAUUGUUUUCUUUGAGAAACUAGAAUCUUAAGUGGAGAAUGUUCUGCCAGAACGUUUCAAGACAAUUAGACCAGAGCCCUCAUGUAUCCCUAUUUAUUAGAAUGGAAGAGUGGGUUACUUAGGGACUUAAGCAUGUACAAAAGGAAGGAGCCCUGCAUGUUCUUUUUUAAGGAAAAGAGUAAAGUGGAGACAUCUUCACAUUUGUUUAAGUUUUUGUACAAAAAAAGAAAUAUGAAUUAAAUAAUACUUUUAUCAUAGCAAACAAAAUUCAUGCUUGCAUGUACAAAGCAGAAAUAUUGGGAAAACGGUGAAAAAGCAGGCAAGAUCUUGGCCAAUCGUUUAAAAUGAAGGAUAGGGCAAUGAGUCCCAGUAUUAAAUAAUUUUAUGAAGGUUUUCUUGGCUUACAAAAGUACAUGCAUUGUCUCUUUUUUCAUGUUGUGGAAUCUUUUCUACAGAUUGGUUACAUUUGAUAUGAGACAUUAGUGUUGUAUACAGUAUAAGGUUGGGGAAGAAGAGAAGGGGGUGGGGUGGGGAAACUUACCGUAUUUUUCGCUCUGUAGGACGCACCAGACCAUAGGAGGGGGAGAACAGGAAAAUAAAAAUUCUCCCCCUCUCUGCUCAGCACCCCUUCAGCGAAGCGGCAGGAGAAACGGAGCCCCUUCCAUUUCUCCUCCCGCUUGGCUGAAGGGGCGUUACGCAGCUCUCAUUCUGCUGAAGCCAGGAGAGUCUUGCUCUCCCGGCUUCAGCAAAAGGAACCCGAAGCCUUCGGAGCUCAGCGUGAGUUCCCGCUGCACUCCAAAGGCUUCAGGCGGCUAUCCCUGAAGCCUGGAGAGCAAGAGGGGUCGGUGCGCACUGACCCCUCUCGCUCUCCAGGCUUCAGCGAAAGCAACGUGAAGCCUCUGGAGCGCGGUGGAAGCGCUCCCUCUGCGCUUUGGAGGAAACUCCCUUGUUUAGAUCAGCACUCGGUGAAAGGAGAGGGAGAUUGCAAAGGAUGGUUAGAUAGGGGCUUCUGUUUCUCUAAAUACUAAAAUAAAAUAUUGAUUCAAACUUUAGAAAAAUCAGCACGUCUAUUAAUAAUUAGUACAUCUCUCACAAUAUUUUUAUUCAAGCAUAACAAAAGCAACAGUAAAGGGAUGUGAGAUAUAAGUCAAUAAUAUUAUCCCAAUAUUAUAGAUGCAAGGUUGAGGUAUAGAGGCAUUGAUGAUGAUAUACCGUAUUUUUCGCACCAUAGGACGCACCGGACAAUAGGACGCACUUUGUUUUAGAGGGGGGAGAACAAGAAAAAAAUUUUUUCCCCCUCUCUGCCCAGCACCCCUUCAGUGAAGCAGCAGGAGGCGCUGCACAGAGAGGGGGAGAACUUUCCCCCUCUUGUUUUCCCACUCUAAAACAAGGUGCCGUUUAAGGUGCGUUCAGGCGGCUACCUUGGAAGCCUGGAGAGCGAGAGGGGUCGGUGUGCACUGACCCCUCUAGCUCUCCAGGCUUCAGGUUCCUUUCGACCUGCUCUUUGGUGCUUCUUUAGCCCCCCGCGCGCUCUCCCGGCUGGAGAGGUGACGCGGCUAUGGCAGGAGCCUCAAUAGCCGCGCGUCACCUCUCCAGCCAGGAGAGGGUCGCGGGGGGCUGCUUUAGCCCCGCGCGUGCACUCUCCCGGCUGGAGAGGUGACACGGGGCUGUAGAGGUUCCUGCCAUAGCCGCGCGUCACCUCUCCAGCCGGGAGAGGGUCACGGGGCUAUGGCAUCUUUGCUCCAUACGACGCACACACAUUUCCCCUUCAUUUUUGAAGGGGAAAAAGUGCGUCCUAUAGAGCGAAAAAUACGGUAAAUAUGUUAGCAUAAAUAUUUUAGCAUUCAAGCCAAUUCACAUGUAUAGUAAUGCUUGCAGCAGCCCUUCAAAAAACCUUUCAGUGAUAAUUUUCUAGUCAUUUUAGGUCCCAAGCAGGGGUGCCCAAACUUUUUUCAAAGAGGGCCAGAUUUGAUGAAGUGAACUUUAACCCCAAAGUUGUUGAGCUUUUUUUACAAUUUUACCCUAGGACAUAUACUGCCACGGCGGCCGGAUUGAAUCUGUGCAGGCGUGAUUUUCGGCAGAAACGAUUUCCGGCAUCGCACUGGGCCAGUCUGCCUUAAAAAAGCCCUGGAUGAAGCUUCCAGACUGCAGGGGUCAGCAAGGUUUACCGGCCACAGGCCAGAUCACUCCCACAGAGAUCGUCCAUGGCCGGUAAACCUUGCUGACCCCUGCAGUCUGGAAGCUUCACCCAGGGCUUUUUUAAGGCAACCCAAUGAGAUUUUUUGUUCUGCAGUUUCCAGAGCUAUAUGUUGCCAAAAUGGUUAGUGCAACAUGUGGAGAGAGAAUAACAACAAUGGCAUUCAGUUCCCUACAAGAUAAUGGUGCAGAUGGAAGUUGUUAGAGGAUGGAAAUGCAAUGUAAAGGAGAGCAAGAUCUUUGUUCUAAACCUUGCACAUGGCAGGAGCAGGGUAGGGGUGAAGGAAGGCCAUGAUUUAAUGAAGCCUGCAAUGAUGGUUCAAACCAGACCAUUAUUUCUGAAACAGAAGCAUCAAUCUUUCACUAGGGAUUCUGUGUGUGCUGUUCUUGGCUUGUGGUAGCAGAAAUAAAUCAAAUAUUUGGAAAAGCAAACAUCUAAUGUGCUGUUCAAGAUUCAGAAUAUUUGGAAACUGAUAGUCAACUAUGUUUGUGCACAGAAUAUUGCUACUAAAGAGAAGGCACAUUGUCGAUGAUUCAGCAUGAAAUACCUUCUAGCAUUUGGCUUGGGAGGAAGCCUCUAUGGUAUUUUUCUGCAGUGCUGCAAUAAAAAGAACUAAAUGGCAUCCUGGUGGGGUGCCAUCGCAGCUGCUGCCCACGCCCCCGGGGCCAUGCGCCAGCCACGCCCCUGUCUGAGCUUGAAGCUCCACCACUGACCAUGUGAAAGACCUCUCAGUUGGAAACAUAAUCCAGCAAGACUGAUCUUUCUUUUUAUGUUAGGAUUGAAGUAUCUGAUAGAGUUUCCUGGUAUGUUACAGCAGAGCCAUAGCUAUGGAGGGGCAGGGCUAGUUGGGGUUUUUUGCCCCAGGUGAAGCCUCCAGAGGGGUGCCAUUGAGGCUCCAAGUGUGUGUGUGUGUGUGUGUGUGUACACAAAUGCACAUGGGGGUGCCAAACUGGGUUUUUGACCCAGGUGAAAUAAAGCCUACUUUCAUCCCUGUGUCACAGUGGCCAAAAUUAAAUACAAAAAAGCAUUGUCCAGACCAUUGUCCCACUGCAGAAUUAUUUACCUGUCAUUGCUGUCCAUUUUCUAAGCUUGCACAGUUAUAGAGUGCAUACAUACUGAUAUACCUACGUACAAGGACCAGUGUAUUUUUUCCCCUGCUGCAAGGUGAGCUCAUCUUCCCCUGACCAAAAGUGAGCGCAGUUCCCCAGCACACCUUCCCAUCAAGCUAUGUACAUCUGUAUGUAACCUAAUUCAGAAGUGUUUAAAAAUAAAUAAAUAAAACAUCCAAAUAAUGAGGUAGGAACAGUAAUGUUAUUUAUGCAUCACAUAAAGAGUUCAUUGUUUCCCAUUGAUUCAGUCAUAUACAGUGUGCAGGGUAUUUUUGUUUCACUCACCCUCACAACACCCCCCCCACACCUUCCCCGAGUGGUUCUAGGUCAAAGUUAGUGCAUGAAGGGUGAACCUGGCAUUUGGGACUGUUGGUUUAUAUAGCUUUGAAUGCCCCGCAGUGUCUAAUUUUGCAGUUCCAUGUUGACUAAAUUGAUUAUAAAUCCCUAACUAUCCCCCCCCCCAUCCUGCUGCAGGAGGCUGGUCAGAUGAUUGAAGAGCUGAAUGUAGACACAGUAACAACACUGGAGAGAGAACUUGUGGAAGCCGUUAAGAGGCUGUGGGAGGAUCCAGGAAUCCAAGCAUGCUAUGAUAGGCGAAGAGAAUACCAGUUGUCCGACUCGGCUAAAUAGUAUGUAUCUUACAGUAAUAGAUCUAUGGUCUGAAAUGUUUAGGUUUGGUAAAUAUUAAGAUUUAACUAGAAUUUAUAUGCAGUGCUACUUUUCAAGAAAAAGAGGUACCAGUACUCACCUUGAGCACCUCCCUUGUUUUCUUAUAAUGGCAAUGGUGUCCUCCUGAGUUCCAGCUGGAAAAAAGCCCUACUUGUAUGUAUACUGGGAUAUAAGACAGUCUCAAUGGGUAUUAGAAAGGGGGUUAUGCAAAGGGGUUGAGGUGCAAAGGCUGACUUGUGUCAGACUUUGAAAAUGUAAUCAAGACCCAUGUGUAUUGGAAUGUGUGGACCCACAUCUGAGCAUCAGCAGUUACCAUUUGAAGAGCUAAUUAACCUAGAUAAAUGUCCUAAGUGUGUACCAGUCUUUAAUCCUAGUCAGUCAACAAGUGGGAACUCAGGGGAACUCCUUUGUUAGGUCACACCUGGGGGGGGGGGACUAAUCAUUAGUACUCCAAAGCACCAAAAGAACUGACCAUUAGGAUGCAACUGAAUAAGGAACAGCAGAAUUAGGAGGAGAGAUGCCUUGGAGUGGAGGGCUACACUGCUGUGGGGAACAAGCCCCUCUUGAGGUGACCAGCUGUAAGAUCUGGAAUCCCUCCAUGCAGAGUGAAGGUGUAAAUAUGUGAAUAAAUCAUAUUUCUUUGUGUCUUCAGUUCUCCAAAGGAGCACAGACCCAGGGUGAGUGUCUCCAGCCCCCUGCAAUCUUGCUACCGUUCAGCACUUUUGCCAGAUUGUAUUAUUAUGACGGGUUGUACUGCCAACUCUCCCCCUGCCCCAAUUUGUAACUCAAAUUUCGUCAUGAAAUCACAUCUGUCUCUUCAUGUAGAUGAAUUAACAAAGAACAGUUUUGUUUUAAUAUUACUAGUUUUCUUUUCUAUGGGUAAGGAAAUGAUGAGCAGCUACUCUUCCCAUACAUACAUACAAUCUAUUUCUCUUAUUAUAUUAGUAGAAAAUUGAGUGGGGUUUUUUUUGGUUUUUUGCUAAAUACAAUAGUUUGGUUUUGCUCGAGGUAAGAAGAGUUUAUAGUUUCUUAGUGAAGCAUGAUCCAGAUAGCAAAUGAACUGUGGGUAGUAGGGCAGUUCAUAAAAAAAUUAUUUUUUAAAAAAUGCCUGCUCCACUGAAUUGAAAUUUCAGCCAUAGGAAAUGGCCAAGUAAACAGCUAUUUUCAUGGAGGAGGGUCAAGAUAUUAACUGAUAUGCAUGAAAUUUCAGAGAUAGCUAUAUAAUCCCUAGUGUAGUAAGAUAAGACAUUUGGAGCAGGCAUUUUUUUAAAAAAAGUUUUUUAUGAACUUCCCUAGGGAGCAAGGGGGUGAUUCAACAGCUGAGCUUGGCAAGCAAGACAUCUUUGGCUCAGCUGAAGGGGUUAGGCUUGAAUAGUCAAGGGUCUGGCAAUUGGGGGCUGUGCAGGAUAGUGGAGGUCUUAGGAUUUAAUAUGUUAAAUAAUAUUACUUUCUUACAGUGACUAGUCUGGCAUUUUUUGUUUCAUUGUUCCAAAAUUAAACUCAGUUCAACACAUUUCUGCAAUACUUUGCUUUAUAUAAUUUGCCAGCAUUUUAGUGGAUUUAGUUUCUCUGAUCAGGUUCAUUAUACAAUCUUCUACAGCACAAUAGUGCUGCAUAGAAUUUUAUCAGAGAGAGGGCUCUAUGGGCUUUCUGUUUGAUCUGUGCUGUACCCCAGCUCAAGAAAUUGCUUACUGAACCAGACUACUAAAAAGUCCACCACGUCCUCCUGUUCUGAGCCCUCUUUAAUUCCCCUAGUAUCAGGUUCAGUCUGUGUGAAUUAUUUUCCAGUUGCUCCAACCUUACAUCAAGCAUAAGAAUUGCACUCUCCAUUUUUUCGAGAACUUAAUGCUGAUAUCCUAUGCUUCCAUUAUAGGCACCCCAUCUAUUUGCACAGCAACCUCAUGUACCUUUUCCUCCGGUGGUUUAAUUAUUUCGGUUAGAUCCUCUUGCGUUAUUUGCAAUGUGAUCUCAGAGAGCAACUCUUCUUCAUCUUUGGAUAGUUUUGGAGUUUAGGGCACCAUUAUCAGUUCCAUCAAACAGAUUAUCAGGCCCGGUUAUUUUCCUAGUCUCAGAAUAGUUUCUAAGUGUCUUAGUUUAAAGCAAAUGUUAAGUCCCUUGCAUUAAGUCUGAAAUUGUUGAGUCUCUUAUUCUUUUAUGCUUUUUUUUUUUCUUCAAAAAAAAGAAUUCUAGUAACUAAAGAGAGGAGCUUGGAGACAAAGCUACAAUCUUGGUCUGCACUGUCACCCCCCCACUCCCCCCCCCCCGCUGGGUUAGGAUUUUAGUUUUUAUACAGUGAAAUAGCAAUUAUGUUGGUCUUUACUUAAAUGUUUUAAACUUACUACUUUGUAAAUGAGGACAAUGUGUGGAAAAUGUGAAUAUAAAUUGACAAGCUUCUUUUUGAUACAGUCAGCUCAAAAGUAAAUAGCAUAACUGAAAAUAGGCCACUAUUGUUAUUCAUACAUGGCGGUCUGGGGGUGGGGUGGGGGGAGCGCUGUGGCUGAAAGUGUCUUGUGUAAUGGUAGUUGUGCAUUAACAGUAGCACUGAGUUUUGAAUCUAGAGUGUCCAUGUUGUUUAAUCUUUUACCUUGUGUGGUCUAUUAGCUCUCAUUUAUUUGUGAAUUAAUCUUCUACUUAAAUAUUUGAUUUCAACAUAUGUUAAUUUGUUUAUGACAACAUGUAACACUUUGCUAAAUGUGUCUGUAUUGGACUUGGAAGUUACCUUUCAGACUUUGACCGUAUUGCUGCACCAUCAUUUGUGCCAAACGAGCAAGAUAUUCUCAGAGUGAGAGUGCCAACCACUGGAAUUAUUGAAUAUCCUUUUGAGUUGCAAAAUGUUACUUUUAGGUAAGUUUGGUUAUGCAAAUUACUAAUCAAGGUAAAGCAGUAUUGAGUAGCCGGAUACAGCAGCACCAAAUUUGAACCAAAUGGGGAAAGUUCAUCCUGGAGAAGGCUUGGUUGCAGUUAUUAACAUCAGACGUAAUUAGAUUUUGAUCUAAACCUGAAGAGUUUGGCGGCUAUAAAAGGCCCUUUUGAAUGUGGGCUUUUGUUAACCCCCAUACAUGGUUUCUGAGUUUGGCCCUGGAGCAACUUUAUCGGCAUCUCAGGUUACUGUAAAUAGUUUGUUCCGCUAUCAGGUCUUCUUCACAGCAAAGUUGAGUUGGGUUUAUUUUGUUUGGUUGGUGCCCUGGAAGCUUAUUGCACAAAGUUACUCCUAUUUCUAUUUACAGAAUGGUAGAUGUUGGUGGACAGAGAUCAGAAAGAAGGAAAUGGAUACACUGCUUUGAAAGUGUUACUUCAAUAAUAUUCUUGGUUGCUCUUAGUGAAUAUGAUCAAGUCUUGGCAGAAUCCAACAAUGAGGUAAAAGAACAGAGUGCUCUAGGUUAUUUCAGUUAGUGCAUUUUACUGUGGCAGAUUAUUUUCACAAUGCAUCUCUCCAUAGAAUGGUCAUCCUCUCCUGUUUGAUGCACAAUACCAAUUUUUGUACGUGUAUCCUGAUGAAAUUCUGGCACAGACACACUCUUAGUUUUUCAUUCUUGCACAUAUAGCAUCCAUUGCAUUGUAUUUCAUAUUAUUUUAUUGCAUUUAUAUCCUGCCUUUCCUCCAAGGAGCUCAUUUACACUUUGUUUGCGGCACUGGAAGAAUAGCUAGUGUUAUAAUUAAUUAUACUUGGAACACAUGUCUGGGUAGAAAAUAAUGAUAGAUGGGAAUAGGUUUUGGGUAUGAAAUAAUUACACUUUGCCUGCGCACCCCAUUUCUGUGCUCAGAUUAGAGUUCCACUCACACAAUAGACUUGCCCUGCAUUUCCUUCCCUCAUUCACCCCCAAAAUGUGCUCUUGAGGGUCCCCCAAACCCCUGGAGCAUAUUUUAAGUGUAAGCAGUGGUAUGAAGGUGAAGUUCUGUUACACAAGCAGAAAUCAGCACCCACUAAUUUCUUUAAGACUACUAUGCUAACAUUUCAUACUUUUCUUGCAGAAUCGGUUGGAAGAAAGCAAGGCUUUAUUUCAAACAAUAAUCACAUACCCUUGGUUUCUGAACUCCUCAGUCAUCUUGUUCUUAAAUAAAAAAGACCUUUUAGAAGAGAAGAUUAUGCAUUCCCAUUUAAGCACCUAUUUUCCAGAGUUCACAGGUAAACCAGUUGUGGUUUACAUCUGAUAAGCAAUUAUUGUAGCUGCUUUGUCAGUUCACUAAUGACCAGCACUUUAAUGUGAAGUGUUAGCUGCCCCAGUUGUUGGCUACACUAUAACAGACAACAUUUACCGUAUUUUUCGCUCUAUAAGACACACUUUUCCCCCUCCAAAAAUUAAGGGGAAAUGUGUGUGCGUCUUAUGGAGCAAAUGCAGGCUCCAUGGCUUCAGCGAAAGCAACGCGAAGCCUCUGAAGCGCAGCAGGAGCGCUCCCGCCACACUCCGGAGGCUUCGCGUUGCCUUCACUGAAGCCUGGAGAGCGAGAGGGGUCGGUGCGCACCAAUCCCUCUUGCUCUCCUGGCUUCGCUUCGCUGGAGAGGCGCUGUGCAGCUUUCCCUCUCUGUGCAGCGCCCCUUCAGCGAAGCAGGAGGAGAAAUGGAAGGGGCUCCGUUUCUCCUGCCGCUUUGAAGGGGCGCUACGCAGAGAGGGAGAGAAUUUUUCUUUCUUGUUCUCCCCCUCUAAAACUAGGUGUGUCCUAUGGUCGAGUGCGUCCUAUAGAGCGAAAAAUACGGUACCUAUUUUUGCAAGCAAAUGAUUAAAAUUAUAUGCACAUCCAUAUUCCCAAUGUGGGAAGUUAGCAUUUGUUACUACACAUAAGUCCUACUGUCCAAACGCUCGUUACAUACCCAAACAUAAGGAAUGAGUACCCAAACCUCGCUACACAUGCAUCACAGAUUCUGAUAUCAAGACAGCCAGACACAGUUGUAGUACUGUAAACAAAUGAGCAGCCUUAAACAAGACUUACUUUUUGUGUUUUGCUAGUUCAUGGCAACCAAAAACCAUGGUGGGUGGGGGAAAGAUCAGACAAAUAAGAGAGCAUCCUUUUCCUUCCCUCCUUGCCUUUUGCAAGGUUUCAGUGGGUUUUCCUGGGGUUUUUCAAAAUUUGGGGGUAAACAUUCUGUGGUUGGGAACAUGGUAUAAAUUUUUACCUAGGAAUAACUGGAAAUCAUUGACUCGUUAUGCAAAUAGUCACCUAACAAAUGAUUUCCUGAGAAUGCAUUGUGUUUGGAUAGCAGGACCUGUGUGUAUUAGUAUAUUUGAAAAUAGUUAAUUGGAAUUAAUUAACUCUGCACACACUAGUGAAAUAAAUUUAUUUGAAGACUGCAAGGAGUCUCUCUCUCUCUGUUUAACGGUGUCAUUUUUUGCUUUUGAGCAGGACCAAAGCAAGAUGUUAAAGCUGCCAGAGAGUUCAUUCUGAAGUUAUACCAGGAUCAGAAUACAGAUAAAGAGAAAGUGAUUUAUUCCCAUUUUACAUGUGCUACAGACACAGAAAACAUUAGAUUUGUCUUUGCUGCUGUCAGAGACACAAUACUACAACUGAAUCUAAAGGAGUUCAAUCUGGCAUAA